UUGUAAAUCUUACACCCAGCAAUAGUACAUUCCAUCGCUGCCAGAUUUCUCUUUAUUUAUCGUCAUGUCUAAUAACUACGCUGAGGAAAACGAUAGAUACCAUGCCCCAGAUAACUCUACCAUUCACGAAUUGAACAACAUUGCAAACCGAAUCCGAAUUAAAAGCAUUCUAUCAACAUGUGAGAGCAAGUCCGGGCAUCCCACUUCCGCAUCCAGCUGUGCUGAGAUCCUCUCUGUGCUCUUCUUUAAAGAGAUGAAGUACAAAGUGGAUGUACCACGUGAUCCUUCUUCUGAUCGAUUUGUGAUGUCAAAAGGUCAUGGAUGCCCUGCCUUAUAUGCCGCAUGGGUUGAGACUGGACACAUGUCCAUGGAGCAACUGAUGACAUUGAGGAAAUUCGGAAGUGUAUAUGAAGGACAUCCUACUCCAAAAAUCGAUUUUAUUGAUGUUGCAACUGGAUCUCUUGGUCAAGGAUUGAACCUUGCAGUGGGUAUGGCCUACACUGGCAAAUACUUCGACAAGGCUUCCUAUCGUGUUUUCUGCCUUAUGGGAGAUGGAGAAAUGGCGGAAGGAGCUGUCUGGGAAGCAAUGGCUUUUGCAAGUUACUAUAAGUUGAAUAAUACAGUAGCUAUUAUCGAUGUUAACCGCUUGGGGCAGUCAGAACCCACUUCUCUUGGUCACGAUACCGAUUCAUACAAGAGGAGAGCUGAAGCAUUUGGAUGGAACACAAUUGUAGUAGAUGGCCACAGUGUCAGCGACUUGUGCAAGGCUUUUCACCUUGCCAAGCUCUGCACUGACAGACCUACAUGUAUUGUAGCGAAGACCAUGAAAGGCAAGAACAUGUUGGGACAAGAAAAUCUUCAUGGCUUUCAUGGCAAAGCAGUGGCAGCAGCUUCUAAAGAUGAAAUCCUUGCUGAGUUAGAAAAAUUGGUUUCACAAUCCUCUGGUAUUAAGCUUGUUCCUGCAAAACCAAUUGACGAUGCACCCGCUGUCAAUAUAUCUAACAUUACCCUUAGUUCCCCACCCAACUACACCAAAGGUCAAAAGGCGGCAACAAGACAAGCCUACGGUGUUGCACUUGUAAAGCUGGGUAGAAAUUGUGACCGCAUAUACUCUCUUGAUGGAGAUAUGAAAAAUUCAACUUUUGCUCAAGAUUACAAGAAAGAGUUUCCUGAUCGGUUCAUUGAAUGUUUUAUUGCGGAACAAAACAUGGUAGGCGCUGCAAUUGGAAUGGCAACAAGAGAUCGUGGGGUUGUUUUCUGCUCCACAUUUGCAGCCUUUCUUGCAAGAGCUUACGACCAUAUUCGCAUGGGCGCAGUGUCUCAAACCAACUGCAACUUCUUUGGUUCUCACUGCGGUAUUUCCAUUGGCGCAGAUGGCCCUUCCCAGAUGGCACUUGAAGAUAUUGCCAUGUUCCGUGCAAUUCCUGGUUCAACAGUCCUUUACCCAUCUGAUAUUGUUUCAAUGGAAAGAGCAGUAGAGCUGGUGGCCAAUACUAAAGGAAUUUGCUUCAUCCGUGGAACUCGGGCCGCUACACCAGUAGUGUUUGAUAACGACGCUACCUUCGCUGUUGGCCGUGCUAAUGUCUUGCAGCAGAAAAAAGGAGAUGCUGUUACUGUUAUCGCUGGCGGUGUCACACUUGGUGAAGCUCUGAAAGCAAGCACAUUACUGGAAGCUGAAAAUAUUAGCAUCACCAUCAUUGAUUUAUUUAGCUUGAAACCAAUUGACAAAGACACCAUCAUGUCCGCAGCAUCUGCAACUGGUGGCCGAAUUCUCACUGUAGAAGAUCAUUACCCCGAAGGAGGCCUUGGCUCCGCUGUUGCAGAGGCUCUAGCAGAUGAGACCGGGUUCAAGCAAGUCCAGUUAGCAGUGAGAGGCAUGCCGUAUAGUGCUGAACCGGCAGAGCUUCUGGCAGCUUUUAAGAUCGACGCGACUGCCAUCGCUGCUGCCGUCAAAAAGAUGAUCUAAGCAUACAUGAAAACUCACCCAAACUAUCUAUUCAAAUCAUUGAUUAGUUAAAAAUUAACUGCCUAAUAUCUGUACGAAGUUUUUUUACAUAAAUGAAAACAUAUUGGCACAUUAUUAAAGUUGCAAGGUUUACUAAAAACUAUGUUUAACGAAUAGUUAUAGGACUAAUUGUAUUCGUGCCUUACUAAUUGCAUGCCCACGUCAAUCGUCUUAUAACGAAUAUAAAUCAAUACAUAGAAAAUUCAAAUUAAAAUAAUUAUUGUGUAAUGUUAGUGUUUUGCUGUAGAUGCUAGUUACUAACUUUGUAUGACGAACUGAUGAUUAAUCUGUUUUAUCAGUGCUUCAUGCUAUAACUAUACAUAUCAAACCCGACUGGUAUAACUUCAUUCAAACUUAAAGAUACAUCAUUUAUAAUUGCUGUUAAGCAUUGCAGUGUAUUAUAUUUUCGAAAUUUUGUUGGGGUAGUUUUAAAGUUUGGUCACAUUGACUUGCAUAGUAUUUUAAGUUUCUGCAAGUUAUGCAUAAUCAGGGUAACCAACCUCAUUUUUGUUUCAAUUUUAGCUAUAACGGGUUUUUCAUUGUAAUUUUUGUUCUCAUAAAAGAUUUUGUUGAAUUUGGACUUAUCAACAAUUGAAUAUUGAAACAUUAAUAUUUCAGA